UCGUAACCAGCAAUAAGUCCGCACCAGCAGUUACAGAACAUGGAGGACGACCAGCUCACCGCUGCAGCGCGAGACCUCGCCGCAUUCUCCGUGCUGCUCGUCCGCCACCUCGGCGGCCACCACCAAGAAGAGACAACGGCGCCCAACAAGCUCCAGACCACCAACAUGGCCUUCUCGCCCAUGUCCUUCCACGCCAUCCUCUCCCUCCUCGCUGCCGGGGCCACGGGCGCCGCACGCGACCAGAUCGCCUCUUUCCUCGGCCCCGCCGGCGCGGACGCGCAUGAGGCCCUCGCCUCCAAGGUGGCCUCCUAUGUCCUCGCCACCCACGAAAACAUCGACUGGGUCGAGGAGGACGACGAGGAGGAGGCGCCUACGCCACCGCCCGGGGUCUGGUGCGCCAUGGGAGUCUGGGUGGACUCCUCGCUUGUCCUGAAGCCCGCUUUUGCGACCGUGGCCGCCUCCAAGUACAAUGCAGAGGCGCGAGCCAUCUCCUUCAGAAACACGCCUGCGCAGGCUAGAGAAGAGAUCAACGAGUGGUUCGAGAGCAAGACCGGCGGCCACCUCCAAGGCCUCCUCCCGGAGAGCUACAUCAGCGCCUCGACGCUGCUGGUCCUCGCCAACGCCCUCUACUUCCGAGGCUACUGGUACGACCCCUUCUUUCCGGAGAUGACGCGGGACGGAACUUUCUACGUCUCACCCGGCCACGAGGUCACCGUGCCCUUCAUGGAAAGAAACCACCUCCACGAGUGGAUGCAGAUCGGCUGCCACCCCGGCUUCAAGGUCCUGCGGAUGGCCUACAUCAACCGCAAACGGGAGCAUUGCUUCUCCAUGUACAUCUACCUCCCCGACGACCGCGACGGCCUGCCGGACCUGGUGCGCGAGCUCAGCUCCAACCCGGUUGCUCUCCUUCACGGAAAGGUCGUGCCCGAUCGGAAGGUCCUCGUCGGCGAGUUGCAGAUCCCAAAGUUCGACGUCUCGCUGCAAGCGGACGUCUCCCGUCUCCUUGCAGACCUUGGUCUGGAUCUGACGCAGUUCCGUCCCGCCGGCCACUCCUUCUCCGAGAUGGUGGCGCUGGCCGAAGCCGAUGAUGAGGAUAUGCUGCCACCGAUGGCCGUUCCCUCGAUCAUCCAGCAGUGCUCUGUCCGCGUUAACGAGAGAGGCACCGUCGCUGCAGCAGCCACCGAGCUAGAGAUUUUGGGUUUUGCCAUGGGCAAACCUGAACCUGUUGUCGACUUCGUCGCUGAUCACCCUUUCCUAUUCUUCAUCAAGGAGGACCAUAGCCGUGUGGUUCUUUUCGCCGGCCAGGUCCUUGACCCUUCGUCACCACGUUAGCUAAUCGAUCGAUUAGCAGUCAUGCAUCGUCUCCUUUAUUUAUUAUUAGCUCGUGGAUUUAGGAGUCUACUAUAUCAUGCUUUGAACCAUUCUGUCCACUGUUGCUCCACGAUUGUCUUCUCUGAUUUUUUUUUUACACACCAAGCAUAUGCGAUCGCCCCGUCAGUCCGUGGCAAAAGGUGCUUCUACAGGGCUGCUUCUUCCUUGCCGCAAACCAGGGAUGUUCCGAAUAGAUUGUGGG